AAACGAAUUUGACAGCGGGGCUCAGAAGAGGAGCGAGGGAGGACGCGGGGCGGGCACUGCCGCAGCCCUGCCCCCAGCCCUGCCCGCCGUGGGGCCGGGGCGGGCGCGGUUUGCUCGGCGGCGGCUGCUGCUGCUGUUACCGGUGGGGCUGCCCGAGCCUCCCCGAACUGAGCCGCCCCGGACCCCUCCAACUUUCCCGGGGAAGGAUGGCCUCCAAUUUCAACGACAUCGUGAAGCAGGGCUACGUGCGCAUCCGGAGCAGGCGGCUGGGGAUUUACCAGAGAUGCUGGUUAGUAUUCAAAAAAGCUUCAAGCAAGGGGCCAAAGAGGCUGGAGAAAUUCUCAGAUGAACGAGCUGCUUACUUCAGAUGCUAUCACAAGGUCACAGAGCUCAAUAAUGUGAAGAAUAUAUCACGAAUGCCAAAAACCACAAAGAAGCAUGCUGUUGGGAUUUAUUUUAACGAUGACACCUCUAAAACAUUUGCUUGUGAGUCAGAUUUUCUCGGCAUUUAUACAGAACUUGAGGCAGAUGAGUGGUGCAAGGUAUUGCAAAUGGAGUGCCUUGGGACACGAAUUAAUGACAUUAGCCUUGGAGAGCCUGACUUGUUGGCAUCAGGAGUGGAGAGGGAGCAGAAUGAGAGAUUCAAUGUGUAUUUGAUGCCAUCCCCUAACUUAGAUGUGCAUGGGGAAUGUACCUUGCAGAUAACAUUUGAGAAUAUCUGUCUUUGGGACAUCCAGAAUCCCAGAGUCAAACUCAUCUCUUGGCCAUUAAGUGCCCUCCGACGCUACGGGCGGGACCCUUCUUGGUUCACCUUUGAAGCAGGGAGGAUGUGCGACACAGGAGAAGGACUGUUCAUCUUUCAGACGCGAGAUGGGGAAGCAAUCUAUCAGAAGGUUCACUCGGCUGCUUUGGCCAUAGCAGAACAACACGAGCGCCUGCUACAGAGCGUGAAAAAUUCAAUGCUGCUUGAGUUAGACCUCCCCGCGGGGGCAGCGGUUCUCGCACAGGAGCAGGGCAGCACGAAGCUUCAGAUGAAGAUGAGCGAGCGAGCCGUGUCCCUCAGCACCAUGGUGCCCCUGCCCCGCAGUGCCUACUGGCAGCACAUCACGCGGCAGCACAGCACCGGCCAGCUCUACGGCCUGCAAGAUGUUUCUAGCCCCGUGAAGCUCCAUCGGACAGACACGUUUCCAGUCUACAGAUCAGACCAUCGAUGAAGGCUGCCAGGAACUUUUCAGACUCUGUCUUCUGACGAGCUGCCCCGGCAGAUGACACAGAUGAUGCAAAGCAAGGACAGAAACACUGACAAGUGCGGGUCGGAUGGAAAGUUACUGCGAUACAAAGGUGGUGUGUCUUUUGUUUGUUUGUUUUUCCUUUCGAACUUUGCCGAAAGUUAAAAUGAUUCUGUAGAGAUUGGGGGUGGGAACCAAACCAUCACACCCUGCAGUGUUUCUUUUGUAUCCUACAGCUGGACAGACAAGUCGCUCCCUAAAUAUUUCCAGCUGUUUUUGUAUGAUACCCAUGUUGUAAAUACGAGACUCUCCUGUUGUAGUGCGGUUUCAUCCCGUCUGUUACAGCCGUGUUCGCUGAUGUCAGCUGUCGUCCUUGUUUGUAAUGCUUAUCUUCAGUUCUUAACACGACUGUUCAGCAUAACCCCUGACCUUUGAGAUAGUGGCCAGUUUUAAGCAGCUAUUGGAUUCAAUUUUUUCCUGUUUCAGACCCGAUGGAGACUUGGUUUGUUUCUUUUAAAAGCACACUCUCUAUCUUCCGUUUCCUGUAUUUAUUUCCAUCCCUGUAAACGUUUGAAAUAAAAAUAAUUCCCAGUUAAUUUGUGGUGCAG